AUGUUUCCUGGCUAGAGAAAAUACAGUAAUAAGCUAAGAAAAUAUUCUGAAGAUGUGGCAGAUUUUAGUUUUAUAGGGUGUGAAAAUGAUUCUAAUAAUUUAUGCGAUUCGAGUGAGUUUUAUUAUGAUGGAUAUAUUAGCACUAAUUCGAGUAGGAAAAAUAGUUGUUACAUUCUUUAGAAAAGUGAUGAUAAGCCAUCUAUUAAGAACUUAAAUAUUAAUUAAAACAAAGACAAAAUGGGACCUAAGUGUCUUCUUAUUGAACGAUAGUUUCAAGAUUUUGCAAUUUUAGACUAAAUUGAUGAAAACGAUUCAACUUCUUAGGAGCUCACUUAAGAAGAAUGGGAGGAUAUUUUCUAAAAAAAUAAAAUAGAAUAAAAAUUCAUUUAUAAGCUGAGUAAUUCGUUAUUUAAAGGAAUCAGCUACUCAAAUCGAAUAAGACUGUGGCCUAUUUUAGCAAAUGUGGAUUACAUGGAAUAAAUUCAAUUUAAUUCUUAAAUAAAAGAUAUUUCGUUUAAGACUCAUUGCAAAUAUGAAAAAGAAAUAAACUGUGAUUUGGCACAAAAUUUUAUAAUCAUGAAAGGCUAGAAUAGAAACCCACAAUAAAUUUAAAACAUAAUGAGUGACUUAUUAACAAUAACAAAAAAAAUUUGUAGAGCUUAUGCUCACUUUGAUAAAGAAGUUGGUUAUGUGCAGAACAUGAGCUUUAUUGUACUGGCUAUUGUAUAUUAUUUGCAUUCAGAUAAUGACAAGGAAUUUUAAGAUAUUUACUUCGGCCUUGAUAAAAAUUUUGAAAAAAAAGCAUUUUGGAUUUUUGUGCACAUAAUGUACCAAAAGCAGUGGAGGAUUAUGUUUAUAGAUGGAUAACCUGGAUUAUCAAUAGUUUCAAAAAAUAUAGAAAAUAAAAUGCAGUAGUAUUUGCCCGUUCUAAAUAAACAUAUAUUAAAUCUUGGUGUUUCUUAUUAAUAGCUGUUUGAGUAAGACUUGUUAACUAUAUUUCAAAAAAAUAUAAAUAGAUCUCUUGGAGAAAAGAUGUUUGAUAUGUUUCUUCUAGAUGGAGAAGAAAUUUUUUACUCAGUUUAUCUAGUGAUAAUAAAGGCAUUUGAAAAGACAUUAUUAAGCAUAAAUAAUAAGCAAUAACUCAUAAAAUAUGUGUAAGAAGACAUGAAAAAUGAGUGGUAUGAACAUUUCAACAGCAACAACAAUUUAAAUUUCGAUGAAUACUAGAAUGAGCUUAAUCACAGAGUAUACACUCAAACAUAACUUUGA